AAUUCAAGAAAUUAUUCAACUUAGUUUCAGAGAGAUCAAAUUAAGCAGACAUGGGUGAAGAAUCUUCUUCUUCGCAGGUAUUAAUCUGCAGAGAAGAAGCCGCCAUUGAUGCCCCGAUUAUCUCAUCCUACAAUGACCGCAUCAGGCCACUUCUCGACUGUGUAGACAAUCUCCGGCGCCUCAAGAUCAUGCAGGAAGGCAUCCAGCUUCCGACCAUCGUGGUGGUCGGCGACCAGUCCUCCGGCAAGUCCAGCGUCCUAGAGUCCCUCGCCGGAAUCAGCCUUCCGAGAGGCCAGGGGAUUUGCACCCGGGUCCCCCUCAUCAUGCGUCUCCAGAAUCAACCAAAUCUUGCUAGCCCGGAGCUCCAGUUGGAGUUCAACGGCAAAAUUGUCUCUACUGAUGAAGCUCAGAUCGAGAAAUCAAUAAUCGAGGCCACCCAAGAGAUAGCCGGCCAUGGAAAAGGAAUUUCCCACACACCUUUAACGUUGGCUGUCAAGAAAAAUGGAGUUCCGGAUUUAACCAUGGUGGAUUUGCCCGGAAUCACCAGAGUUCCGGUUCAUGGCCAGCCGGAGGAUAUCUACGAACAGAUUUCUAACAUCAUCAUGGAGUAUAUAACCCCAGAAGAAAGCAUAAUUCUCAAUGUUCUAUCCGCCGCUUCUGAUUUUACCACAAAUGAGUCGAUUCGGAUGUCUCAGAAAGUCGACAAAACAGGGGAAAGGACUCUCGCCGUGGUUACAAAAGCCGAUAAAGCUCCGGAAGGACUUCUCGAGAAAGUCACCGCCGACGACGUUCGGAUCGGACUGGGUUACGUCUGUGUCCGGAACAGAAUCGGCGACGAAUCGUAUGAGUUGGCGAGAAACGAAGAAGCCAAACUCUUCCACACCCAUCCCCAGCUAUCCAAGAUCAACAAAUCCAUGGUCUCAAUCCCCGUCCUAGCCCAGAAGCUGGUCAGAAUCCAGGCCACCAUUAUCUCCAAAUGCUUGCCGGAGAUCAUCAAGAAAAUCAACGACCGGCUGGCGGCGAACGCGGCGGACCUGAACCGAUUGCCCCCCAAGUUGAACUCCGUGGCGGAAGCCAUGACCGCAUUCAUGCGGAUUCUGGGCUCGGCCAAGGACUCGCUCAAGAAAAUCCUGUUACUCGGGGAGUUCGACGAGUACCCGGAGGAUAAAAACAUGCACUGCUCGGCCCGAUUGGUGGAGAUGCUCAACAACUACUCGGCGGAAUUGCAGGCGAGAAAUCCCGGCCAAAAUAAAGACAAUUUCUUGAUCGACGAAAUCUCAGCCUUGGAUGAGUCCAAAGGGAUUCAACUCCAGAAUUUCCUCCCCCGCGGGAUUUUCCUCAACAUGCUUCAAAAAAACGUCAAGGCAAUUUCCGCAAUUCCUCGCAAUUUCGUCGACGAUCUCUGGGAUUACAUCGAAGCAGUUCUAAUCAAAGUGUUGAUCCACCACUCCGAAAACUACCCACAGCUCCAGUCUUCAACUAGAAGAGCUGCCCAGAAUCUUAUUUCCAAGAAGAAACAGGAAUCGGCGAAAUGGGUGGAGGAGAUAAUCGGGAUGGAAACUCAUACAGAUUACACAUGUAACCCAGAAUACAUUACUACAUGCAAUAAACUCAUGGAGAAGCAGGGAGAGUUCAUGGAGGUCGUGAAGGAUCCAUGGAGGUCCAAGAUCACGAUCGCCGGAAUCGGGGAAGAGAUAGAAACCCAGCAUCUCAAGCGCCACCAAUCCGUGGCGCAGCAAGCGUUUGACCUGAAAAUGAGGAUGGUUGCGUAUUGGAACAUAGUUCUGAUGAGGUUUGUGGACUCCAUGGCACUGCACGUCCAGUUCUCGAUCCACAAGCUGGUGACGAAGGAGAUGGAGGAGGCGAUCGUUGCCGAUCUUAUGGCGCCUCACGGCGGCGGCAUAGAGAGGAUGUUGGAUGAGUCUCCCACCGUCGCCAAGAAGCGUAUCCGGUUAAGCAAGAGCGUGAAGCUGCUGAAGGAAUCCAAGAAUGUCGUGGCAAAUAUCAUCGAUCGCAUUAGUCAAUGAUGAUUUGUGAAUACUAUCUUUUUUCUAACCUUCUAAUUGUGAAGUAUGUUGGCUACUCUAUGUGCUGUUUGUCA